CAACUGCGGCGCAGUGUAGUGGUAAAAACGCCCUGAUUUGGGGACAUCAAUCAAGUGUUGAGGCUGCUCGAACACCCCAGCCUAAGCCACAAGUUUCAGCCAUCCACUGGGGUAGGAACGCCACAGGAGGUCUCUUGUCCCACCGCCCGAGACGCCUGGUCAAUGCCGCAUAGAGUCGGCAGCCAUGGUGGGUCUGGUGAAAACGAUCGUCGAUGGCUACAACCACAUCAUGGUGGACUUGCGAGACCCGCGCAUGGAUGACUUCCCGCUGAUGUCGUCGCCCUUCCCCGUGCUGGCCAUCUGCCUGACGUACGUGUGGACCGUCUGCUGGCUCGGCCCGCGCUGGAUGAAGAACCGGCCGCCCUACGACGUGCGCCGCCUCCUUGUUGUCUACAACGCCGCCCAAGUGAUGCUCUCCCUGCUCCUGUUCUACAGGAUGCUGAUGUCAGGAUGGCUUUUCGAGUACAGCUUUCGCUGCCAGCCUGUGGACUACUCCAACGACCCCAAGGCCUUAUACAUGGUGACUUCUUGCUGGAUGUAUUUUUUCUCGAAAAUCCUUGAGUUCCCGGACACGAUCUUCUUCGUGCUGCGGAAGAAGUUCGCGCACGUGUCGGUACUGCACGUGGUCCACCACGGCAUCAUGCCGUUCUCGGUGUGGUGGGGUGCCAAGUUUAUACCAGGCGGCCACAGCACUUUCUUCGGUCUGGCCAACACAUUUGUGCACAUCUUCAUGUACGCCUAUUACAUGGUGGCCGCAAUGGGUCCCCGGUACCAGCGCUUCAUCAGAUGGAAGAAGCACAUGACCAACUUGCAGAUGGUGCAGUUCGUGGCCAUCAUGCUGCACUCGUUCCAGCUGGUGUUCAGAGAGUGUGACUACCCGACCAUUGCCUUCUGGUACAUCGGCGCCCACGGCCUGCUCUUCUUCAUGCUCUUCCUCGGCUUCUACAGGCGGGAAUACUACGGCAAGAAGCCCAAGAAGGAUGAUGAUGCCGUCAGCGUGGUCAACGGAAGUGCCGCCACGACCAAUGGCCACAAUGGCAUCAAGACAAACGGCAGCGGCGUCGCCCACCAGAGCAACGACUUCGUCAAGCAGACCAACGGACUCGCCAGGGAGGCCAAUGGAUUCGCCACGCCAGACAGCAACGGCCACAUGAACGGCUACCAGAACGGCGUGCGGGCUCGUGGCGCCGCCUCAAACGGUGUGCUGAGCCACUAGCGUCACCACGCGGCCAUUUGGAAACACUUCAGUCAGCGACAGCGGCGUCAGAUGGCGGACGGGGCUCACCUGAGUAGCAGCUACUUUCGGCCGUCCAUUGUUAGCGUGGAGCGCCGUGGUCUCAGUGGGUGACCGUGUCGUACUGCGGCGCCGUGUCGUCGGACCAGCUGUUUGUUUUAUGCGUGCUGAGUGAAAGUGGUCGCGCUUUUGCGUCUGUGGCUUUCUAGUUCUGUAUGUCUUGUUGACGCUCAACGGUCAGGAUCAGUGUGCGCCGCCGUGUGCCUUAAUCGCAUAAGCUGUGUGCUGUUUGGCUGGCAGCAAGGUACGACCAUUAUCACCAUCCUAUGUUCCAUAUUGUUUAGAUAAACAUGCAGCGGUCUGUGGGCCACACAACACUGCCCUCGUGCAUAUGAAAGGUCAGGGUCGCACGGUGCCGGUUUGCCUGUUUUAUGGGUUGUUGUCGGUAGGUUCGCCUCUUUACUAAGGUUUCCGUGCGAUGCCCGUUUAGUGUUGGCCGUUGAGACAGCCUGUUCCCCUCCACAUCCAUCUCCCCAGCUUGCUACUAAUCGUUGCUCUUGAGCUGUGCCAAGCUCCGGAGACCUUCCAUCAUGCCAUACGGCUCUGUUGUGAGCUGCACCGUCCUGUUGUUUCCUUUCACGCACCUCGCGCGGCUGUUACGCCUCAGCGGUUCACCCCAUCAUUCAGGUAUCAUAUGCAGUCCAUUCCGUCAUCACGUCACUCCCAAACAGCUAAUGGCACCAAGCGCCUGCUCUUGCAGCGCCCAUUCUGUCGGCGUGCGCCGUCCGUGGCUUAGCAUGAUACGCCGACCGCCACCGCCAACAUGGACCGGUGGCAUGUUGUGCGCCAGCCGUUGCGGUCGCCCGCUGCACCCAUCCACUUCAACUUGUGUUCCUCUGUCCCCUUUUAAAUCCGGGAACGCGGUGGUCGGUUCUCUUCCCACGUCUCUGCGCCGCCGCUCGACCAGCCGCCACGCACGUACAAUCGCGUCAGCUCGCGCGCGCCUGGAGUCCAUCGCACGAGUCUGCCCAUCCAUCCCCGGCCCAUUCUGCCAGGCUGUUCCUACCUGCUGUCCGGCCCGCCCGUCUCCGGCGCUAGUCCUCUCAACGCCGGGCCCAACGUCCACGCGCGGCUACCGCUGCCACGGGCACCCGAGCGUGUCAUUCACUGUCAUGGGACCACAGGGGCUUUGCGUCUCCCGAGCCGCCUGGCGCUGGCCUCCGCCGCCUCCAUCCCCGGGGUGGUGCUGCCGCCGCACUGUUGGGACCGAGUCCCCUCGCCCGCAGCGUUCCGCGCCGUGUGCACCCUCUGUACUCGCCAGGUGGGGACCAAACAUUGAAAUACAUCCGCCGCG